UUAGCAGACAUUUGCGUUUUAGCUGAGGAUAAAUGUGCAUUUAAGCCAUUGCGAUAAAAUGUCGUGGUAGUUGGAUGGGCGUGUCUUAAAUGUGGAAGUGUUAGUAUGGGCGCUGGCGCAGAUUAAUCGUUUACUAGCUUGGUUAUCAGACGGCAUGCUUGAGCGCUUUGCGUGUACCGUUUUUCAUUACGUGGGUACUGCCUUUUGAAAUAUGUGUUCACAUAUUAAUCAUGUUAAGCUAAAUGUCGGGUUUCCCAAAACAUUUUACAAUGUAUUUCACCAUUUCUCCCAUAUUAAGUUUGUGGAUGGAGAGUACGUGUUCAGGUGUUAAAAAUAGUUAUUCCUCAAAUUAUACCGAAAUAAUAAAUAUGUGUGCACAAUAUUGUAGCUAAAAUAAUGUGCGUGAUACAAAACAAUAUAUGCUAUUUUAAUUUUGACGUGUAUUUUAUUUCGCGGCAGGAUUUUUGCCUACUUGUUAACCAUUAGUCAGAUAUAUCUUACACCCUUAAAGAAUAUGCCAUAUGUGGGGCAUAACUGAAUCUAAUUUAGUGUGUUACGUGGGAAAUUCAGAUCUUUAAAUAUAUGUAUUUCUAUGUUGCAUGUAGCUACUAGAUAGUAAUCCAAAUGUAUUCAACACACAUUUAUUUAAUUAAAAAAUUAAUUUAUGAAACUGCAAAGUGAAAAUGACAGUUUUUAAUGAAAAAUGUGAUUUAGUUAGGGCUAUAGUAUUGAGAAUUUCUGAACAGAAGCUCUUUUUUUACAAAGGCAGUCAUUGGACGUGGUUUGUAAUAAUCUCAGAUUGAUGAAGAUCGAUGUAUUUUUGUAUCCUACUCCAGGUGACUACGUUCGCCUCUAAAUUUAAUAGGAUGAUUUAUGCAUUUCUUGCUUUAAAUCCUAGAUCAGACCAGUACGCCUUAUUCAUUUGGUUAUGAAGUACCUUUACUAGUAUCAUAAAGUCGUUAUUUAUAACCUCAAACUAGAUGUUGACUGCUCAAUUCUUUUCCCAGUUCUGUCGUCCAGACACGCUUCAGAUCAUCUGAAAUUGUACCGAAUUACCUACAUAAAUUUCCACUAGAGGCCAGCAUAAGAUUAUGGGGUGAUAAAUGGACGGGCUUUCCCUUAAACCCUUGGUAAAAACUGCUGACAUGCGUUAAAUCUCCUUAUUUCGAAAUGAAUGUUCUCGAAUCAUGUCCUUCGUUGUUAUACAAAACAUCAAAUGCAUGGCUAUGAAACCUAUUUGGAAACGGAACUGUUUGAAAUUAUACUUAGAUUUUAUUCCAUUAUAUAAUUGUUUGGAAAACAUUUCUGAUUGAUAUAAAUUCUCAGUUUUCUACAUUAUUUUGUUCAGCAUGCGUGAUGGAGGUCCUUAAAAUACAAUGAGGAUAAUAUUGAGUUAAAAUGUGCUAUACCUUGUGCCAAUCUGAUAUCUGAAGUAUGAUAGGCCUAGAUGAAGGAAAACAGAUGCAUCUUUGAUUCCCGUGCAAAUGAUAUAACGAAAGCGUAUUUAUUUUAUUAACGUAGACGUGUGUCGGAUGGGCGAGGGUAAGCGAGGUCCUGCUAAUAGUUUGCCAAGCUGAUGAUCCAAUGGUCCUAGGGACUCACAACACCGAGGUCCGUCCUCCAGUAAUUUGUUGUGUAUCCCACAAUUCGUUUCGGUGCGUCUUUUGUGAGCGGAGGAGCGACCUACGUGCUCGGCGAGUGUCUGCGGUGCAUCUCUGCAGAGCCUUGGCAAGGCGACAGCGACACACAUUCGGGGUAACCCGGGGCUGCUCGGGAAGGACCAUCCCAACACGGGGCUGGAUAUUAUUACAUCGAAUGCCUUUUUUUUAAUAUCCGUCUAUAGCGUGAACGCCGAUUUAAUUUUAAACUUGCCGGUUAAUGCGAUGACUAUGUAAUCACUUUCAGGAGCCGAUUAAACAUCAUCCAACUGAAAUCGCAUUUCUACCCGUAUGUUCAAUGAAGAGGAUUGUAUUUUGUCGCCACCGAAGCGAGCGCUUUUGAACACCGAUUAUUUGUAUUUUUCUUAGAUUUUUUCCCCCACAUCUGACUCCCGAAUGGGGGCUUUGUUAAGGAAUAUACAUUGAUCAAGAAAAUAGGAAAAUCUGUCGAGUUCAGGAGGAGAUCGGAGUGUUUUUUCAUCCGGGAGCUGGGGAUAAUAUGUCCAGAAGAAAACAGACCAACCCCUUCAAAGUUAAUUGUAGGUAUCGCAGGGUCGUUCCCCAUAGCAGGGCUAUCCGGCCCUGAGCACACAAUGAACACUGAGGGCAGGGAAGACUUUGCCGAAGACAGCGAGUGUCACAGCAACAAUUCCCAGGAUCCGGGGGAGCAGGACAGUGUGACUGACGACAGCGACAGCGAUCCAGACAACCCUGGCGAGGACUCCUCCUCAAACACGUCGGCCGACGACAGCAUGACGGGCGGCAAAACCGGCCACUGCUCCCUGCAAGGGGGGGAGGUGAAGGAGGAGAGGGAGGAGGGAAGCGAGUUGGGGAACAGCUACCUGUGUCCACUGUGCACCCUGGAGUUUGGCAGCCCAGAGCAGCUCAUCGCUCACGUUUAUCAGCACACGGCGACGGUGGGCAGCAGUAAGAGCUACGUGUGCCCAGUGUGUGGCCGUGCCCUCAGCUCGCCCGGAUCCCUCGGCCGCCACCUCCUCAUCCACUCCGAGGACCGGCUGUCCAACUGCGCCGUGUGUGGGGCGCGCUUCACCAACACCAACAACUUCAACAGGGAGAAGCUGAAGGAGUUCCUGAAUGCGGGCAGCGGAGAGAGCAGCAGCGGCGAUGAGGCAUGCGGCCUGUCGCAGGUGUUCUCCAGCGCACCCAUGGCUGACGGCGGCCCAGGCGCGACGCUGCCCUCGCUGUCCGACAGCCUCCUGUCCCCGGGCCCCGCCCUGCCCUCACUCCCAGAUGGCCUCAGCCCCCCCGGGGCUGGGCUGCCCCCGCUGGCCGAUAUCCUGGGCCCUACUCCAGUCUACCCGGCCGGGGUGCUACUGGUGUGCAACACCUGCGUGGCAUACCAGCAGCUGGUGGAGUCGCAGUCGCCGUCCACGCGUAAGUGGGCUGUGCGGCGCAAGAACGAGCCGCAGGAGGCACGCGUGCAGCGGCUGGAGCGCGAGCGCACCGCCAAGAAGAGCAAACGGGCGCGCGAGACUGCUGAGGAGCGGGAGAUGCGGCGGCUGCGCGACCGCGAGGCCAAGCGGCUGCAGCGCAUGCAGGAAACGGAGGAGCAGCGGGCUCGCCGGCUUCAGCGCGACCGCGAGGCCAUGCGUCUCAAGCGCGCCAACGAGACACCGGAGAAGAGGCAGGCGCGGCUGGUCCGCGAACGCGAGGCCAAGCGGCUCAAGCGGAGGCUAGAGAAGAUCGACCCGUCGCUGCGGACACAGAUCGAGCAUGACCCUGCCGCCAUGGCCGCCCUCACUGCAGACAUGAGCCUCUUCCAGUUCCCCUGCCCCAUGCCCUGCCCCCCGCUGGACGCUGGGCUCCUAAUGAAGCUGCCCUAGGGCCGAGCCAGCCUGUACCAUGUUCUCUCCUAUGGGGGAAGGAGACAGGUAUGCUGAGCUGGCUUGUACCACGUUCUCUCCCAUGGGGGAGGGAGACAAACGUGCGUCACAUCCACCUUGGGGAGGGGGGGACACCUCCCCAGCAAAGCACGCCCAAUCAGGUUUGGCUCUAGCUUCAGGCGUCCAGCAGUACUACCUUCUGGACGUAAACUUAAAAGGAUAAACACAGGGUCGAAUCUCUCUAACCCCUCCCCCACACCCCAACCCUAACCUGAACUCUAUGACAUCAUCAAGCAUGCCCUGAAGAUGAUGUGCUGCUCUCCUGAAAUGUCAUACCCACUCUCCCCACGCCAAGCGCCUUGAGCGGGGGAGGGACGUCGCUCGCGACGGGAUCCACAUUCCACCCCUCACCCCUUCCAUCUGCCUGCCUGCCGUUUCCCGGACGCGCCCCCCCCAGCUGCCACUGCAGGUCACUGGCAGACUCACACCGACUGAAUCCACAUCUACCUCGCGUGAGGGUCUCGCGGUGCCCUCUUUUGCCCCUGGCCCUGUUCCGGACAGCUCCGUCGAGAAGUCGACACCACAUCCUCCCGGAAAGCACUCUUCGCCUCACUCCUAUGUCCUCCUCAAACCGGAGCCAACUCCCGGCGCUGCGUUGAGAAGACAUUGACGGUUGGCGUGACUUCAACUCCUGUCUGUUCUCAAAAGAAGAAAUCAGCGUCAGUGACCCAGGAGCCUGUGCAGUCUGCCCACUGCUGGCCUGGAGGACCCCCCCGGUCUCCCCCGCCCCCCCAAGCCUGUGGACCAUGUACCUCACUGGUUCGGGACCCAGCAAACACUGCCAAUCGCUAGUGUCUUCUCGCUCUCCUUAUUGGUCACAUUGACCUCCCUGAACCUGAUUUUGCACAUUGCUCCAUGUAGGCUUCUGAGUGCUCCCAGGACAUCCCAGAUUCCCGGAAGAGGCCCAGUGAGAAACUUGGAUGUCUUUAGCUGCUGUGUGUGUCCAUUACCUCUAUGAAGCCAGGAGGAGCUCCGUACUCCCUUUACGGGAGCUUGAGUCAGGAGCCGGGAGACACCCCAAGGAGCUCCCUUCCUGGCCCCCCUAUGAAAUGCAUGCCCACAUGGUCUUUGUCACGGAUAAGUUCUUUUUAUGUUAUGCCCUACCCCCAAUGCCUUUUAAUUAUGGAUUGUAACUUAUUUGAAUGCUCAGUCUCUCUUGAUCAAUGACUAAUGAAAGAAUCUAUUUGGUAAUACAGCGUUUCAAUGAUCUAAUUUGUCAUCGUUCGGCAUUAUAAUUGAACUGCGUCAAAGCAGAGAAAAUCCGGUCAUUACCAGGCUGCCAACCCGUUGGGAGUGAUCGUUCUCAUGAGAUGUUUACUGAAGCUUCACCGAACGCACUACGGCGCCCGGUUCUGUUUGGGCCGUUCCAAGGAGGGAACCAGUUCGCUGUUCAGAAUGGGCGCGGCCUUCUUCGGAAAGGCGGUGGUCUUCUUCGGAAAGGGUGCAGGUUUCGUCGCUCUGUAAAGCCGGCACCUGGGGUGGUUCCAACCGCUAUGCAAAUGACGGGAAAAUGACACUUAACUAUGCAGAUUGCGUGGCAAAAAUGGGCACAAGCGUAACAAAAAAAAUAUAUAGAUAUAUAUAUAUAUGCGUAUAGAUACCGUGCAACUGCAACUCAGACAAUGCAACUCUGUGGCGCUGUUGUGGAGCCUGAGCUCUCAGAUGUGACGGGACAGAGUCUUCGGUAACCAUUUUACCUCCGGUAUGGAGCCGGUCUGCAUGGUUCCGGUGCAGACCUGCAAGGAUUACAGGCCCGGGAGACCAACUCCAAGCUGAAGCCUCACACUCAGUCACAGCAACUCAAGCGAGCCAACUGUUUAGCAACAAAAUCCUCCUGUAAGCUGUUGUUUUUGGCAUCCACCUGUUUAUUAGUGGGAACUCAUUUCUGAAUCCGUUUCACUACGUGCAUAAAUUACCUCAGUUUCCCUUUACUGUAUGCUGCCUGCACGCUAGAGGGUCGCGCAUCAUCACCGUCUGUGAAGCCGACCAAUCCGGACACGCGUGCCGAGCCGGGGACCCACGGCAGCCAAUCAGCACGUCCGGGAUACUUUGAAGUCUGGCGGCGGGAUCCCGGGGGUGUCCGCCCCACCCCGCCGCCAGACUGGAUUAGCUCAGCACUGCAUGUUUGCAAAAUUACGAUUUGAAGCGACGCUCGUCAAAGUAUGUUUCUAGCGUCUGACAGUGACGAUAUGCUUGCCCUUUUUUUUUCCCCCCAAAAUGUUCUGGCCUUCUGCUAGAUUUUCAGGAAGAUCAAUGUUCAUGUUUACAAAAAAAAACAACAAACCCUGACAAAGGCCAAAAUAAAAUGAUUGAAAAACAAAACAAAAAAAAAGAUGGAUGGGUGUGUCAUUCUAUGUGGGACCCAGUUCUGGACUAAGAUGUACAGGUGAAAAUAAAACACCAGGGAGUUUUUCUUGUGUCUCCAUGUGUCUUUGGGUCCCUGUUUCUGCACCAUGUGAACAGAGAACAUCUUAUAAAAUAAAAUACCCUAGAUUUGCUCUAUAACAGUGUUUCUCAAGCCAGUCCAUGGAGACUCCCAGACAGUCCACAUUUUUCCUCCCUUCCAACAUCCAUCACACCUGAACCAAUCAAUCAAGAACACCGGAUACCUGGUAACACAAUGACAGUACAACACACACCCUUGGAGCAAAAACUGACUGCUCUGUAUCUAAGAUGCAUUCUGGCCGUGUUCUCUCUUCAGACGCAUGCUUUCAUCUUCCACAAAAGGCUCGUUUGCCAAGAUGAAG